AUGGAUUCCACGAGGAGCUGGUUUCGAAAAUUCCAAGCUAGAGGGGAUAAGUUGAAGUCAGAUCCAGGAAAGAAGAAAGACGUGGAAAAUGGCAAGGAGCUGCCGAAGCCUCCAAAUGACGAGGCACCUUCGAACGUCACAAAGCAGAAGGUUGCCGCUGCAAAACAAUAUAUUGAGAGCCAUUAUAAAGCUCAAAUGAAGAGCUUGCAGGAUCGAAAAGAGAGGUAGCUAUUGUCAUUUUUUUUCUCAUCACAGGCUUGUGCUCGAAGGAACUUGAUUCCAAAUCUCUCAGGAAGGUUUUUCUUAUGUGAAAUCAUUUGAAUUCGUUGUAGUUAUAGUGAUGAAGGUUCAAUCGAUUUUUACUGUGGAAGAGGACGAAAAAUUGAUUCCAUAUUCUGAGGUAGUUGGAUGCUUAUGUUACUACAGAUCGGCAUAGCUUUCCUAGGAUAUGAAUAUCUGAGUAUCAUGCCUCUGUGAACUGGUGAAGCCAAUGUUCGUAUACAUUCAGCAUUUACAUUAUGAAUCUUUGCGUAGAACAUGUUUUUUAUCAAAGCAAGUGAACAGGUUGGCGAAGGUUAUUUCAUUUUGUUCUCCAGGACUGCUAAUAUUGGCUUCUGUUCGCUCGAUCAACCACUUUGUGUGUUUGAGCAGUGGAAAUAAUACAAAAGCACUUUGCUUUGCUGGAAACAUCAAUGAUGAACAACCUUAAUGUUAGACUAAAGAAAUUGGUAAAUGACUUGUGCAAAGUAUUCCCUGACAAACAUGACUGAUGCAGUUUAUGCUUGAUGCUAAUUAGAGAUAUUAGAAUGCGAAAUUUGAUUUUAAUGUCUUUUUAAAUGCUGCGCUUUCUAAACAUGAAAAUACAUCCAAUAUAAUCCUGAAAAUCUCUGUUUUAAUUACGUUUCCCUAAAUUUUUUUUAUUUUUCUUAAUGUGAUGAAAACAAUUUAGACGCUGGGUCCUGGAAAGGAAGCUUGCUGAUGCUGAAGUCUCUGAGGAAGAGCAGCAUAACCUUCUGAAAUAUCUUGAGAAGAAGGAAACAGAGUAUAUGCGCCUUCAAAGGCAUAAAAUGGGUGUUGAUGACUUUGUUCUGCUAACCAUUAUUGGAAGAGGCGCAUUUGGGGAGGUAUGUCUUUGUUUCUCUGUCAGAUCUGAUACUUUUAUCCCCUUACUCUUUUCAGUAGCUUCGUCUUCAAAAGAAGCUCCAUUAGACAUGAGAAUAGUGUGCCACCUAAACGUUGUGAUGUCCAUUGGUUUAACAAGUUAUUCUGUAGUAAUGGAAUCUAUGAUUGAAACUCUCAUGAGAUACGAUUUUCAUGUUCCUUAUUCUGAUAAUUCUCAUCUCUGGAAUGAAGUGUGUUGUUUCUAUCUCUAUUGUGUCAUUUUGUUUGAGAACUGAUAACCAGAUAAAAAAUUAUUUUAACGAAAAAAGAAAACCCGCAGUAACCAUAAUGCUAAAAUUGGACAAAGUUGCUCUUUCUUGUGGAAAUAGGGUGUCUCCAAAUGUCACAUAGAAAUAACUUCUUGUGGAAUGAGCAUGUGUUGUUUCUUUUGAUUCAUUCUUCUACAUGAAUCCUUUUUUUCAUUUACAAGUGUCUUUUUAGACAGUGAUCGCCUUCCUCCUAAAGUAUUCCCAAUCGCUCAAAUUUGAAUCAAAUUGUGCUUGUAUUCUUAUCAUUAUGGGUAUUUAUGGUUGUUUCAUGCGAUAAAGAGCAUCUAAUUAAGAGUUGGAUUCGUAGUUAUCAGUUUCCUAGUUGUUAGGAAGUUUCCUUGUUUUGUGGUCUUGGUAGUUGUAUGUAAUAAACAGCUAUGAUGCGAAUACUUGUGUUUUUCUUCCGCAUAUCCUCCAAAGGUUUUGCGCCACUCUUCACGACAUGGUAUCAGUACCAUGUUGUAGUCGUUGACUUCCAAAGAAUCUAAAUUUUGUUUCCUUCUUUUUGUCAUAGGCUAGGGUUUAGCUGAGGGUUGCUUGGUUUACGACAACUAGGAGGAUUCAAUUGUUAUGGACUCUUGAUCACAGGGGAGAAGAAUUGACAACAGAAUCAAAAGCAGACAACAAAUAUUGCCACAUGAAGCCCCUAGUUCGUGCCUUCUGUUCUUCUACUCUUUUCCGCUGGAUGUGAGAGAGUAACCAAAGGUUGUCAGGAAUUGUGAGAGAGUAGGCUGAUAUUCCCUACUCUUGUUUGCAAAACAAUGACAGCCCUAGGCUGCUCUCUCACAUUCAAUGUAAAAGUGGUGAAAAAUAAAAGUUACAAAUCAGACAUUGUUGAUUUUUUUCUCCUAUGGUUGAGCACCCAAAUCGAUGAAAUCUUCUUAGUUGUUGUGAACUGAGCAACUAUCAGGUAAACCCUAGGCUAUGGUAAAAGAAAGCGAACAUUAAAUUUUCUAGAAGCCAGUGACUACAACCUAGCUCUGAUACUAUGUCGUGGACAAUGGUGCAAACCCUAAGUGAAUAUCUAGAGGAGAAACAUUACCCGCACUCACAUCAUUGAUGACUGUUAUAAAUAAGCACCAGUGCCACAAAAAAAAAGCUACCUAACUACAAGGGAACCGAUGAAUAAGAACCGAACUCUUAAUUAUACACUCUUUCUCACAAAUUUGAAUCGCAUGUUGCUGGUAUUCUUGCCAUUAUGGCAUUAUGGUUGUUUCUGAUAAUUCCCUUGAUGCUGUUUAAGGGUGUAACAUUUCUCUUUUUGCUAAGUUAGCUUCUUCUUCAGUUGGGUCCUCUUAACCCAACGAGAGGUCUAAUGAUUUUUGUGCCUUUUACUUUCACGUCUGUAUACUUUGUUCAAAAUAUUUACUGUGAAGUUUUUGAGGAAUGAUAAAGUUCAUUCUAAUUUUUCUUCAUAUUUAAGGAAAUUAUUUCACAUUAUAAAUUCAAUUGAACUUCGAAUAUUUUGCAACGUGAAUCUCAUCCUCUUAGGUAGGUACAUUAAAUAAUGAUUGAUUCAUUCCUUGCAGCAUUCCACUCUUGAAGCAUUUACAACUUUCUUGUACUAUGUGAUAGAUUGAGAGAUUGUAUCUUUGUGUAGGUGAGGCUUUGCAGAGAAAAGACCACUGGUCAUGUCUAUGCAAUGAAGAAACUUAAGAAAUCAGAAAUGCUUCGAAGGGGCCAGGUAGUACUGCACCAGGCAACUUCUUACAUGCGAUGUUUUCCUUUUAUUCUUACUUUUCUUAUCCUGCGACCUUUGGAAGGUGGAGCAUGUAAAAGCUGAAAGGAAUCUCCUCGCUGAGGUCGAUAGUCCUUGCAUUGUCAAACUAUACUGCUCUUUCCAAGAUGAUGAGUAUUUAUAUCUCAUCAUGGAAUACCUUCCGGGUGGAGAUAUGAUGACAUUGCUGAUGCGUAAGGAUAUCUUGACAGAAGAUGAGGCUAGGUUUUAUGUCGCCCAAACAGUAUUAGCUAUUGAAUCUAUUCACAAGCAUAACUACAUCCACAGGUACUUAUUCUUCUGUUUUUAGAAUUCAACUUAGGAAUGAUCUCUUGAUGCUCAAUAACAUUGUGCCUAAGUUAUCUGCAUGUUUUUUUUAUCUUUUUUCAGGGACAUUAAGCCGGACAAUUUAUUACUAGAUCGUUAUGGACAUAUGAAGCUUUCUGAUUUUGGAUUAUGCAAACCACUUGAUUGCAGUAGUCUCCCUAAUCUCAGUGAGAAUGAUGCAAUUGGAAGAAAUUACAAGCCUACAUUGCAAAGUGAUAGGCAGCCAAUCUCAUCCGCUAUACCAAGGCGUACACAGCAGGAACAACUAAUGCAUUGGCAGAAGAACCGAAGAACAUUGGUAGGUUGUGUAAUGACAGUUUGUCUCUUAAGCACUUCGAAUUUUGUCUUGUUUUUCUUAUUGUUGUAUUUAUGCAUAGCUUCGCAUUGGAGGGAAUCUUUGACAUGUAUGAAUUACGACACACAGGUCUACUUGAGGAUCCACCUUUUUACGGAGACCUAAUUUUUGUUCCCUUAAAUUAGAGAACUCGUUGAUGAUGUGUUGUAUGUCCCUGGAUUUUAUCAAACAAUUGUCACGUAUGACAUCAACACUGACAAUUCUAAAUUUUUUUGGUAUAAUUUAAUUUUAUGCAUCUGAAUAAUUGCUAUGCUGUUGUUUUGUGGUGAAUUCGAUCUUUUCCUUGUCGCUAUCUCGUUUCAAUGUCCUCUGAUAGUUUAUUUAUUUUUUAUGUUGUUUAUAUAGUCUGUCAUUUUUAAAAGAAUAUUGUUGUUACUUGAAAACUAAGCUAAAAUGAUCCCAAUGUAGGCGUAUUCAACUGUUGGUACCCCUGAUUAUAUUGCCCCAGAAGUAUUGCUGAAGAAGGGAUAUGGGAUGGAGUGUGAUUGGUCAGUAAUAACAUAUAUUGUACGGUAAUUUUUUUUUGGAAUGUGUGUUUAUUAUUUUCCUUUUUAGGUGGUCCCUUGGGGCAAUCAUGUUCGAGAUGCUCGUUGGCUAUCCACCCUUCUAUUCAGAGGAUCCAAUGUCAACCUGCAGAAAGGUACACCCGUCGGCGCAUGCAAUCUUUUGCUUUUCAUAAUGGGUAAACUUUGUGAAAUUUUUAGCUAUCCUGGCAUUUGAUUAUUUGAUGAGUUGUUCACAAAUCGUCGGGGUGAUGACACAUUUGGUCUAUCAAUCGUACAAUUGCAUGGAUUCAGUAGAAAUGGCAACAUAAAAGGUUCAAUUGCCCAGGAGCGUUCUGUUACAAAUCGUACCCCACAAGUAUUACGAGUUCUUCUCCAGAACAAAGUCUGUGGUAGUUAUAUGCUAAUGUUAUGUUCUACCCAAUGUCUGAGUGCCAAUCUGUGUAGUCACUGACAUGUCUAAGACGAGAAACUUUAGACCUGCUUGUGUAGGUGGCCUAAGUGGGCCCUCUAAAGCUUUGUGCUUAAGCUCCAACUCAUGCAGCCGGCAAUAGUUAAUGUUAAAUUUAUUACUCUUAUUUUAAUUGGAUAUGAGCUAGAAGUUUUUUUUUCAUUUUCAGAAAUGCAACAACUUUCUUAGGAACUUCAGUGGCGGUCUCUGACAUCACACUAUAAUCUUCUAUAGCACUUCACUUUGAUAUUUUUUCUCGAAUAGAGUCUGAAAGGAGAUAACCUUUGUCUUCUUAAAUUUCAGUUUUCUUGAUGACCAUUUUCCCACGCAUUUACUACAAUGACAAUUUUAAGGGAAUAUAUGGAUAUCUUGGAGAAGCGAUUGUGAUAAGUGGACCAUCAAAUAUAUAUUAUCUUGUGUGUCAAGUGAUGUUUGCACUCUCUGAUCUGUUAUAGCUUGAUCUUGUCCGUCAACAAGUUAAAAAACGUUUUGCCCUUCUGCCUCCUUUAUUUCUCAUGCUUUUACUCUUCGUAUUUAACUUGUGUUCUUAAGUAUAUGGACGUAUUGGGCAAGAUGUGAGGAGAAGUACCGAGCCUGAUCCAUUCAGUCGCCAUCCACUUAUAAAGCGUUCUUCCUGGUUUAUAGCCUGAGAAAAUAUAGGCAACUACCAGUUCAAAGUUUUCCUCGUUGUGUGUCAAUGUGUGAUCAACAACUAUGCAUUUUAUGGUCCCAUAGACUAUAGGUUGUCUCUUAAUGAGAUUUAUGUGCACUCGGUGUUGAAAGGAUUGAUGAUAUGUCAGUCUAGCAUUUGGAUUCCUACAGUCUCUGCCUUUUUUCGUGCUUAAUGUUAUCCUAUUGGUGGAAAUUUGAGAGAACAAAAAUAGUAAAACGGAAGCUCUCGUGGAUGAGUGAUUAAAUGGUGGAUGUGUUACUACUAGUCAGUUAUUGAAUCCUGCAACAAAUAGACCUUCUCAUGCCUUGCUCGUACCUAUUUAAGGUAGUUUUCUAGGGCCGCUUGAGUUGUUCAAAAACUGAUCGAGCUUUAUCCGUUCAACUGAUCACAAAUGGAUAAAAAUGCCCACAAUUAGCCAUGAAAUCUGUUUGUGGCUAUGCAAUUAGGAUUAUUUUUUUGGACUGAAUUUUUGACAGAUUUUUCUGAUACAAUAUCAUGUCUUUUCACAACAGUCUAGUCCAGUUCUCUAGUUGACCAUCUGCCUGUUGUUAUAAUUUAUGCCUGUCAUGGUCGAAUAAGCUAUACACUACAGAUCUUGUCAAAUAUGUCGGAGAAAACCACCAUAGUUUCGCACAAGACCUAGUUAAAAUGCCAAUAUCCGUUUGCUAGCUUAAGAUCCAACACAGUGUUCUAGAAAUUUUGCACAAAUCUUUAGCUUUUAACGAAUUAUUUGCUGCUACUUAAAUGACAAGGAGUUGAGCUUAUACAUAAGCUGCUGUUGUUUUCCUUGUAAAUUUUGAUGGAGAAAAUAUCUGGUACCUUGGUUUUUUGCCGAAUUUCAGCUUGUACCUGCUCUCAGUUGGAUAAUUUUUUUAUUACACUCUUCAUAAUCCAGUGACGAUUUUAUUUCAGCUACAUGAAAGAAUAAUAAUAAUAAUGAUAAUAAUAAUAAUAAUAACUAAUGAUACCCUACCACUUUGUACGACUGUUCUUGGGCUUGGGUCAGCCUCUUGAUUCACUUCAUGUUAUUGAUAUCACCAAAGUUUGAGACCUUGGAACUGUACCAACACAGAGUGACUUUGAAUGGCCAAGUUUGACUCAUUUGUGUCAUGAGGAAGACUUUGGAAGACUUUGACUCUUCUACGUGGUCUUUUUUGACUUAUUGCCCCUGAUAUGUAUGUAGAUUGUGAACUGGAGAACCCAUUUGAAAUUCCCCGAAGAGGCAAAGCUCUCUGCUGAAGCCAAAGACCUCAUCUGCCGACUUCUGUGUAACGUGGAACAGAGACUUGGAACGAAGGGAGCUCAUGAGAUAAAGGUUCUUCCCCCCCCCUAAAAUCCAGAUAUGCCUGUGUUCUCUCUCAAAGGGUUGACCAAUGAAACGCCGGAGGUGGAAAAUGGGGUGUUCAUCUCGUUGACUUUUUACAGGCGCAUCCAUGGUUCCAAGGCGUUCAGUGGCACAAACUGUACCAGAUGGAGGCUGCGUUCAUCCCUCAGGUCAACAAUGAGCUGGACACCCAGAAUUUUGAGAAAUUCGAGGAGGUUCGUGUUUUCUCUCUCCACUCUUUGAAUCUCGAGAUUUCUCAGGAGUAUGAUGAAUGGGAAGGGCCCCGGUGACUUUCUUGAAAGAGAAAAAAAACGGGCCGGGUAGAUUGUAGCUCAUUUGGGCGAGAAUAUUAUUUGGUUUCUGAUUUUACUAUUACUAUUAUUAAUUUUUUGGGUAGAACCAAGGGAGGAUCCUUUGAUUAGGGUUCUUGGGCUUUAUAGUCUUCGUCUAAAUUGAUGUUUUUUUCCAACUCUAGAGAGAGAGAGAGAGAGUUUUGCAUAUUUCACCAAAAAAUAAUAUUUCUGCUGACGGCUUUUAGGUUUAUAUUUGAAUAGAAUAUUAUUUGAUUUCUGAUUUAUUUAUUUUUCUUUUUUUUUUUGGGGUAGAACAAAUGGAGGAUCUUUUGAUUAGGGUUCUUGGGCUUUAAAGUUUAGGUCUAAAUUAAUGUUUUUUUCUUCCAACUCUAGUGAGAGAGAGAGAGAGAGAGAGUCUCGAACAUUUCACCAAAAAAUGAUAUUUCUACGGACGGAUUUUAGUUUAUAUUUUAUUUAAUUGUUUUAUCUGCUGGGUUCCACGAAAUCAGAAAGAAACUGGAGUGAGUAUGCAGAGUUAUUCUAUGCAGUAUGUCUGUCAUAUUCUGACGCCAAUGCAUGUGGUUAACUCUAGGCUGAGGCCCCAAUGCAGACACCGUCGAAAUCUGGCCCUUGGAGAAAGGUACCCGCCGCCGCACAGACCUCGACUCUCUCUCUCUCUCUCUCUCUCUCUCUCUCUCUCUCUCUCUCUCUCUCUCUCUCUCUCUCUCUUGAUGUGGCUGAUUUCUGAUGAUCCGAACGAACCUCUUCGUCUGUACCAGUUUCCUUCCUAGAACAAGCAGCUUCUUUUCUCUGUGGUCGGAUCACUUCACCUCACCUCACCCCCUUCUUUCUUCCCUUGCAGAUGCUCUCGUCCAAGGAUGUCAACUUCGUCGGCUACACGUACAAGAACUUCGAGAUCGUCAAUGAUCAUCAAGUUCCUGGCAUCGGUCUCUCUCUCUCUCUCUCUCUCUAUCUCCUGCUUCUCUCUGUCCCUCUCUCUCUAUCUCCUGCUUCUCUCUGUCUCUCUCUAUCUAUAUAUCUCUUCUCUCACUCUCUCUCUCUCUCUCUCCUCUCUCUCUCUGUGGCUAACCCGGGAUUAUUUUUCUGUACUGUGCAGCGGAGCUGAAGAAGAAGAACAACAAGCCGAAGAGGCCGUCGAUCAAAUCGCUCUUCGGUAUGCAGAGCCUGCUCCUCCUGCUGCAGGACCACCCCCCAUUUUCUCUCUCUCUCUCUCUCUCUCUCUCUCUCUCUCGCUAAGAAUUUUCGCCAUAUUCAUCCUCGUUCUCUCUCUAGAGUCGGAGCCGAGGGAUCAGCCGGUGGUCCAAGGGAGCUUCCUCAACAUGCUGCCGAGUCGGCUUGAAGUCCCCGAGGUCCCUAAUCGGCCCACCCACUCGAGCGGUAGGCCUACCCACUCGAGCGGGAGGCCCCCCAUGCAGCCACCGCUGCCGCCGGCACCGACCGCCGCCCGGAGAAGAUGA